AUGGAGAUUGAUGGCGCAGACGGGCGCAUCGCAAAGCGGCAGAAGCUGUCGAACGGCAUAGCGAAGCAGCGACGGCAGCCUGGCCAGUCGCGCGUGUUUGCGCCGUAUCGCACUGUAGGCCUGGUCUCUCCCACGGCAGUGCCAUUCACCAGCGUGCCACUCGGCAAGACGACGUUCCAGAUCACGACAUCUGUUGGGCGCAGUCUGCAGACAUACGAUCUGCGACGUGGCCUACAACUAGUCUUCAUCACCCGACCGCAGACGCCGGAGGCCAUCACCGCAACGACAGCGUGGAAGGACAAAGUCUUCGCAGCAUGGGGAGGCGAAUCGCAGGAUGCGCAACGAGGCGUGUGGGUAUUCAAGAGAGGCAAGAAAGAGGCCGAGCUGGAGAUGCCAUCAGAUCGCGAUGAGAAUGUGAAGGCGUUCUGCAUCUUUGGCGGCUGGGUCGUUGGCGUCUGUGAAACACAGCUCUUGGUGUGGAAGAGCGCGACCUGGGAACUAUACACGACUCUACGCGGCAUCUCGCCUGUGCCCCUCACACAAUGCAUCUCCAGCCUGCCGACCUUCCUCAACAAGGUCAUUGUGGGCAGACAAGAUGGCAGUGCCGAGAUCUGGAACGUUUCGAGCGGCAAGCUGGUCUACACCAUACUGCCUCCAUCAACAGCAUAUGGUGCCGUUACGGCCAUCGAACCCACUCCUGCGCUAUCAUUAGUCGCCAUUGCUUUCGAGAAGGGUCCAUUACUGGUGCAAGAUGUCCGGACCGAUCAGACUGUCAUGCAGCUCAGCACGCCGACUGGAGCCCCCAUUGCGUCCAUCUCGUUCCGCACGGAUGGUCUCGGUGCAGGCGAGGAUGGGCGAUCGUCCGGUGUCAUGGCGACUGCAUCUACUGCUAGUGGCGACGUGACUCUCUGGGACUUGAACAACGGUGGUCGCAAAGCUGGUGUCCUUCGAGCUGCUCAUGCUCAGCCAACGCCAACGACUCCAGGCGGCACCAGUAAAGUGGAGUUCCUGUCAGGGCAGGGCAUCUUGGUCAGUAGCGGCCUGGACAACAGUCUCAAGACCUGGAUAUUCGACGACACACCCUUCAGCCCGAUUCCGCGGAUACUGCAUGAGCGACGUGGUCAUGGUGCACCUGUGUCGAAGCUCAUGUUCUUGCCUACAGCAUCGGAUGGCUCAGAUGACACUGGCAAGUGGCUCUUAUCGAGUAGCAAGGAUCGAAGCUUGUGGGGCUGGUCCUUACGAAGAGAUGGACAGAGCACGGAGAUCAGUCAAGGUGCUGUGCAGAAGAGGGCAAAAAAGCAGGGUCUGCUUUCUGGCAACCGCGACUUCGAAGAUUUGAAGUGCCCUCCUAUCACAAGUAUGGCAUGCUGUUUGAACAGAGACGGAGGCAUGGGUGCUAUUCCUGGCAAACAUCCUAUCUGGCAACCUGCAGGCAAAGGAAAGCAGUUGAGCGCCGAGAUCAGCGCCAUGACUGGUUGGGAAAGUGUGCUGACUGCACACGAGAGCGACAACAAAGCUCGCACCUGGUUCUGGGGUCGAAAGCGAGCUGGACGAUGGGCCUUCCAGACUGGGGACGGUAGCAACGUCACCUCAGUAACCGUGUCACCGUGUGGCACUUUUGGUGUCGUUGGAUCAGAGAAGGGCGGUAUUGACAUGUUCAAUAUGCAGUCUGGCAUCCAGCGGCAGCGUUAUCCAGCAAGACUCACACCUAUGCAAGCAAAGCAACUGCGGCUGGAUGUGCAAGGACACGGACUGGUUGAGGAAGACGAUGGGAAGAAGAAGUUCUACCGUGGCCAAGGCAAGCAUGGCGCUGCUGUCGUCGGACUUGCCGUGGACAGCUUGAACAAAACGAUUGUGUCUGCUGGCGCUGAUGGCAAAGUGAAGUUCUGGGACUUCAACAGUGGGCUAUUGCGACACCAGAUUGACUGGUCAAGCAGUACGAGCAUUACUGCUAUGCGCUUCCACCGAAGCUCUGAUCUGGCUGCUCUUUCCUGCGCAGAUAACUGCAUUCGAGUCAUUGACAUCGCAACGCAAAAGCUGAUCCGUGAAUUAUGGCCUUCCAGGUCGCACGUACCACAGUUACACAAGCUGAAGAUAUCAGACUUCACCUUCUCGGAUGAUGGCCGCUGGAUUGCCGCAUCUGCUGGACAGGUUGUAUUCUUGUGGGAUCUGCCUACUGGUCACCUGGUGGAUGCCUUCAAGCUCAAAGCUGAAUGCACAAGUCUUGCUUUCUCCCCGACUGGCGAUUUUCUGGCUACGGCGACACAAGACAAUGUUGGCGUGGACAUCUGGACGAAUCGAAGUUUGUUCACGCACAUUCCCACGCGACACAUCGGUCUAAAGGAGCUCACAGCAAUACUCAGCUCAACAGACGUACAGGCACCAACAGCCUCCGGUGAGGGCGGCGCCAACCUCGUCGCUGACGCCGCAGAUUCUGCUUUCGACGACGAAGCAGAAGCAGACAUCCUCGACAUCGCAGACGAUGAAGUCGAUCAGAUCUCCUCAGACCUCCUUUCCCUCUCCAUAGUCCCACGAUCUCGCUGGCAGAAUCUGAUGCACCUGGACCUCAUCCGUCAACGCAACAAGCCCAUCGAACCACCUAAGAAGCCCGAGAAAGCCCCCUUCUUCCUCCCAUCGUUACAAGACCGCCAAGGCCCACAACCGAUAGAUCCACAGGCUGGUGCUUCCGCCGCAGCAGAUAUCGAGAAGGAACGCACCCGCGUCCUGCAACUCGAUCGCGAGGGUAUGCGAAGCGGAUUCACAUCUCUUCUCCACGCCUCCGCAGAGACAGAAGAUUACGACCCUUUCCUCGAGCAUCUCAAGAAUCUCAGUCCGGCAGCUGCAGAUAUCGAGAUUCGAUCUUUGAGCUACGAGAAUGAAGAGUUUGUCGGCUUCGUCCGCGCUUUGACGUGGAGGCUGCAGCAAAAGCGGGACUUUGAGCUUUGCCAGGCCUGGAUGGCGGUGUUCUUGAAGGUGCAUGGCGAUGUUGUGGUGGGUGAUGAGGAGGUCAGGGGUGCUGUGCAGGAAUAUAGAGAUGCGCUGGAGGUAGAGAAGAGGAGGGUGCAGAAGUUGAGUGGGUAUGUUAGUGGGCUUGUGGGAUAUUUGAGGGCAGCGAGGGUGUAG